CAAGCCAUGCCGCCCCAGGCCUCCGGCGGCACGAUCAGCGGCGCCCUGGCGGCCCUGCGCCGCUUCGCCGCUGCGCUGGAGCCGGGGCAGGACACGGCCACACCCCCGCCCGCCGCGGGAAGGGCGGCGCUUGCAGGGCGAGGAACGGCGGCGUCGACGGCAGGGGGCUGGCAGCUGUCGACGCCAAGGGGUCCACCUCGGCUACUGGCAAGGGCGGCGAGAGGGUUGUGGCGGAUGGCGGCGCAGGUGCCCAGGGCGCCGCUGGGGGCGCGGGCGCAGCCGGUGGCGGAUCAAUCCAGGAGGCGCUGGCUGCGCUGCAAAGCGAAUCCGCGGAGCGGACGAGCACGACGAUGGUGGCGACCUACGCCGCCGCCGACUGAGCCCGUCCGCUAGCCGACCCGACCCAGAGGCCCAGGGUCAGGCCCAGGAGUGGGGCGAGUGGCGCCCGGAGGCCGGCGAGGAGGGCCCGCUGCGGCAGCCGGAUGGCGGCGUACGGGUGGUCGUCACGGUUCCAGUUUGGUGCGAGGUUCCGCGUGGCAGGAUCUUGGGCGAGGUGCGGAAGGAGCUCCUCGAGAAGGGGUUCCCGGUGCAGGACGGCGCGUUCCGCGUCCACGGCAGCACUGAGCCCCUCGAGGAGGGGACGCUCGCUGGCGCGCUGCGGGGUGCCAGGCUCGAGUUCGCCAGGGCUCGCGCCGGGCACUGGGCGCAGCGCUUCGCGGCCGCCCUCAACCCCAAGAAUUCCAGCGGGAAGCUGCACCCGCUCUACAAGACGAAGCCGUGCCACCGGUGGCCCAAGUGCCCGCGGGGCGCCGAGUGCCUGUUCGCGCACGGCGCCGAGGAGCUGCGCCCCCGCCCGCUCCUCACGAAGGCGCAGAUCGCGGCGCUCCCAGUCCUGGGCAUGGCGGCCGCGAGGGCGCAGAUCGCAGCGCUCCCGUCGCCGCGUGGGCAGGCCACGCAGGCGACCUCGCCCGGGGAGGCGCUGGGCAUGGACAUCUCGCUGACCGAGGAGGAGGAGCGGCGCCGGGCCGAGCGCGCGAAGCGGUUCGCGCCACGGCCGGCCUCUUUUGAGGUGGAGGAGGCCAUGGGCAGCGGCUGCGGCCAGCAGGCCCAGGCGCCCCCUCCCGCGGCCUGGGGCGGCGGCGACGGCGAGGCCUCCUUUGGGGGCCCCGCCGAGUGCCUUGAGGACGGGGGGGGCGAGGCGGAGGCGGCGGCCGCCUCGAUCAUGGACUACAUCCUCGAGAUGGAAGCCGCGGCCGCGGAGCGGCGCGGGCCCGACUGCGGCGCCGAGGAGGCCUCCUCGGCCCCCGAGCCGACCGUGCCACUGGCGCCAGCUGCUUUGACCGUGCUGCAGGCGGCCCCCGAGCUCCGGCCCGGGGGCCCUGCCGAGCCUCGGCCAGCGGGCGCCUCGGGCGGGCCUGGGCCGCAGCCGGCCGCCGAGCCUCGCCUGAGAGCGGCCGCCGAGCCCUGGCCCGAGGCGGCCGGCGAGCCCCGGCCAGGGGCGACCGCGGGGCCUCGGCUGGACGCGCCCGCGGAGCCUCUGCCCGAGGCGCCUGCGUAGGGUGCUCUGGCUGGGGGAGGGGCCUUCGCAUGAGAAAGAG